AUGGGAGCUGCUAAGGACAGGACAAAAGAUUUCAUGAAUAUGAAAACUAAAAUCAAUCUCUAUAGAGAUCCAUCCAAGAGAUUUGGUUAGGUAACUAAUGUGAUCGCUUAAGAUUAAUUUGCUAGCAAUUCAAACACUAAAACAUCUGCUAAUUUGAUGAUGUUGGUUAUGGUAAAGAUGAGUUGCCUCCACUUUGGGUUGACAUCUAAGAGAAUAUUGAAGAAAAAAUUGCUGAAGCUGAUAAAUAAUGUACCAAUAAUGAUGUGUGUUACUUACUGCUGUAUAGUUGAUAAAUUGAAGCAACUUAGAGCCUAAAGAUUUAAACCAAAGUUUGAUGAUAAUGAAAAUAUAAAGUUAGACAGAUAGAUUGAUGAGUUGGUUUCAACUCUCACAGAAGUAAUUAAAUUUCUUAACAAUUUUAACAUUCAGACAAUAAAACAAAGCGAAAAAGAGCUAAGGCAAAUGAUGGGAGAAAAUUCAUAGAACCAGAGUGAUUAUCAAAUCAGAAAAAAUAUAUAGUAGACUUAUCUAUUCAAAAUGCAAGAUAUCACCCGCUAGCUAAGAACAAUUGAAAGAGAGAAUCUAAUGAGAAUUAAGGACCUUUAUGGAGAUGAAGGAGAGAUUAUACUGAGUUAGCUUGAUAAAAAAGAGAGAGAUUACUUCGCAGAAUUGGAUGUAAAGCAAGCGCAAGAGUAAUAAAAUAGGAAUCUGAUUUAGAUUGAGCAUAUGGGGGAGAUGACAGGGUAAAGAUCAGAGCAAAUAUCUAAUCUAGUCAAUCAUAUCAAUGAAUUAGCUGUGGUAUUCAAGGAAUUGUCUAACUUGGUGGUGGAGCAAGGUACUGUACUCGAUAGAAUAGACUUUAAUAUCGAAUAGGCGCAUGUCAAUGUUAAAAAAGCCAAUCAACAGUUUGUUAAAACUUUGAAAAGAGAGUAAUCAUGGAGAGCCAAAGGAUGCAUGAGCUGCCUAGUGACUUGGAAUCUUGUUGUUAUCGGAUUAUUGGUGUUUAAGCAUCUAUCUUGA